AAAUAAACCGAUACAUAAACACGCCCAAAUCUUGUUUCCCCUUCGUUAUCUCCUCUGCAUUGUUGGAUAAUCCAUGCCGCUAUGUAUAUCUUCGAUAUUCCAAGAUGGGAAUUUCUGGGUUGCCUGCUAUCUAAAAUUGCCGAUUGACUUCCCUGUUCUCCUCUCCCAAAAUUUCUUUCUAACCACCGAUUACUCUAUUGAUUUCUUUCUGCCGUCUGUCUUUUCCUUCUCUCUCUCCUCUCAGCAAAGUCGGUUUAAGUCAGACUUUUUGCUUGCUACAAGCUGGGUUCAGGGACUGCAGUCAGCCGCUUCCCCUGUAGUCGUCAGCUCGUUCUUGACAGAUCCGAUCGGGUGUUUUAAUCUGGAGUAAAAGGAUUCGAACCUUUUUGAUGAAUCAGAUCCCCAAAUUGCAUAAAAAAUUGAUCUUGGGGAAAUCCGUUAAUCCGCCGCCGGCGACGACUGAUCGGCGAACUGGUAACUCGUUGAUGUUCAUCCACAAUCAUCUCCCAGACUUAUAUGUAUAUUUAUUUAAUGCAUCCGAGUUAGAAUCCGAAUUUAUAGCUUUGUUGGAGCUUUGGGUUUCAGCAAGAUUGGACUUUUAUUAUUGCAACUUUUGGUUUGAGCAAGAUUGGAUUUUUAUUAUUGCAGUUUUUGGUUUCAGCAAGGUUGGAUUUUAAUUAUUGCAGUUUAGGUUUCAGCAAGAUUUGAUUUUUAUUCGUUGUUAACUAUUUACUGGUCCACGCCCUAUUCAGUUUUUUUUUGGUUCUAAAAAUUAUGGAAUUAGACGGGACAGAGAAACAAAUAAUAAUGGGUGGGUGUAGCAGCAAGGCGAGCUAUUUACCUGAGGAUAUUCUGGAACAAAUCCUGUGUAGGCUUCCCGAAAAACCUCUGGUCAGAUUCAAAUCUGUGUCCAAAGCAUGGCGCUCUUUGAUCUCUCAAAUCUGCCUCCGUUAUCCCCGCAGAUCCGUGCUUGGACUUGUGCUCCGAACUCACAAAGUUCUUCGCCAUUGUGGCAGCAUUAUUGAGUACAUUGCCAGGACUUCCCGCCACCCUUGCCUCACCCAUUUUAUAUCGGACCACCUCCCGGAAAAGUGGUACACGAUGCGCGAGUCGAUUCCUGGUCACUACUUGUCUAUCGAGGAAAGAAACGGGGGCCCAAAACUACUCGCGUGGGAAGAAUGCCUCGGCUCGUCAAAGCUUCCCUUCAAGCCCAGCCCAGAUGACCUCGUCUCGUGCUGCAAUGGGCUGCUCCUGUUCGUCGACAUUGAGACCUCUCGAUAUUACGUCUCCAACCCUAUGACUGGGCAGUGCGUGCCGAUCCCCCAGCCUGCAUGGGCCCAGGAGAGGCUCCUAUUUGCGGCCCUUGCGUUCGACCCAUCCCGAUCGUCCUCCUACGCCGUGGUCCGGUUUGCGUGGCACACGACCAAGCCGGACAUGGUUCUCGACGUCUACACCUCGGCCGACAAAAUCUGGUCGAGCCAUGAGCUGCAGCUGGACCCGUGCAUGACCAGGCUCAACAUGAUGAGGCCCGCAACCUACUUCGAGGGGGCUCUGUUCCGGUUGUCGCUGACAUGGCACGUCGUGCGGUUCGAUUUUUCUCGAGAACUGGCGGGGGUCUGUGCCGCCCCUCUCCCGCUGUCGUACAAACAGUGCAAGGGGCUGAUGGGGUCCAUGGGAGUGCUGGCAGGCAAGCUGUGCUACUCGAACGAGUUUGAGGACGUGCUUCACGUGUGGUCGCUCGGGGAUUGUUCCCUUGAUGUCAAGAGCAGCCUGUGGGAAUUGAGGUAUAGGAUUGACAUAUAUGACUUGACUCGCAGCAUGGUCCUCAGUGGGGACUGUUGGCCCCCCAUCUCUAAGUGGGUGGAGACAGUUGCUUUUCAUCCGAGUGCUAAUGUUCUGUACCUUGGGACUCCUCGUGUGAUCCUUACGUAUGAUUUGGAGAGCAACGAGCUGGAAGAACUGACUAGGAUUGAGAGGGACGGUUUUCUCCCUGGAUGUUACUGUGCUGCCUUCACUUGCGUUCGUUUUCCUGUUCCUUUUGAUGAAGCCGGAAAUAUUUGUGCUCCCAAUUGCUAGACUUUACCGCCACUGCCACUCUUGCGCUUGAUUCCAACUGUUUUCUCCACUACAACCCUCAUCUCUCUCCCGACUGUCACCACCAAUAUGUAACCCCGGCUGUAUUCGGCUGCUCGCAUCUCUUUCACCACCAUCUGAGACUUCAACUCGCCGGUACGGCCUCAAAUGUCAGGCGAGUGAAUUUCUUGGUGCUCGUGCCUCUGGCCCGACUCAGUGUAGGUUAGCCUUAUUUGUGGUUUGAGAUUUCGCUUGGUCAUUCUAGGGAUUUUGGGCUGAGCCCCGAUUUAUGGUAGCCAAGGGCUGGGGAUUCGUGGCUGGCAUGUGGCUGUCCGGCUGAGAUGGUUUAUUAUCUUGCUCCAAACUGCUCACUGACAAAAUCCGAAAUUAUUUGUGUAAAUGUAUUUUUUUCAUUUU